AUGAACGCGAUCUCCGUCGACGUCACGCGCUCGGUCAUCUCUCUUCGAUUUCUCCCAAAUCGAGAAGGGCUGGAACCCUGAAGCCACACGCCGCCUUCGAGAUCGGAUGCGAGAGAGAACCCUUCUGCCGCCGAAGAUGUGUCACCUAACUGUGUAUCUUUUUUGCUUGUCCUGGUAUCGAUCCAACUCUUAGGGUAGCCUCUGGUGACAACUCUGCUGACUUCAAUAGCUUCGAUGAUGAGAUUUUUAGUCCUGGUCUUGGUCAGAAGUUGUAAAAAUUCUGUUCAUUAAAUUGCUAAACAGACUACGUGGAUACAAGUACGCCAGAGAGUAUUAUUAGUCAGGUGUUUGCUGCUUUUUCUGUCAGUAAAAAUGGAACACCAGAACGGAAAGGUAUUGGUUAAAGGGAAAAGGCAUGAUCUCAAGAGGAAGAGAGAUUAUUCUGUUGCUUUCAAUGCUGAUGGCCAUGGGCCUAUUGCAGGCCAAUUCUCUGCAAGAGCUUGCAUGACAUCUGAGAGCAAAGCUAGCAUAGGCUGCUGCCUGGGCAAUCACAUUCUUAAGAGUUAUUGCAAUUUCACCAAGAGUGUGUUACCACAGCGUGUGCUGCUUUAUGAGAAUGAUGAAUGGAAAGAUUUUCCAGCAAAAGUCGUUAAUUUGGUUAAGGAAAAUUUCAAAUUGAAGAAGACAAUUACUGAAGCAAACUACCAGAGCCAGCAAAUUUUGUUAGAUUUCAUUCACUUGGUUUUUAUCAACCUGCAAUCUGGUUUGACGAAACCUAUAGCUUGGAUUGACGAGUGUGGAAAAUGCUGUUUCCCAGAAUUAUACACUAAUCAGUACACCUCAAAUAGGUGCUAUAAAACUAGCAAAGAAGAUCUUGCUCAUACUUGUUCUAAACCAAAUGAAGCACAUGUAAAAAAUUUUAAUCUCCAUAUGUCCAUUAGUGCAGCUGAAAGCUCAAGUUCAGUUGCUGAUGAUGAGGUUUUGCAAAAUUUCAAGCGGGUUAAAAGUGAACAAAUUUCUGCCACUUACCAGGAUAAUUUUGCUGAAGCAGUGGGUGAAAAUGAAAUGGGCUGUGCCUUCCAUGUAGAUAUCCCUGAUUUUGGAACUCAUCUUCAGGUCCCUGUCGGUGUGCGUCAACUUAAUAGAGCUGUGCAGGAAAUGUUACUGCAAGGAUUAGGCAAAUUAAUUGACGAAAAAGACAUUGUUGAAAUCUAUAGGACUCCAUUGACAAAUGUUUUAGGCCAAGUUCGAUUUAACCUCUUCAAAGCACACGUUGAAACCACAAAAAAGAUUCGUGGCAAUGCAAAUGUCCGUUACGCAUGGCUUGCUUCCUCCAAGGAUGUGGUGGACGAGAUGAUGUCUCAUGGGAUUCUGAAGCAACCUGUGCAGAAACGACUUUAUGGAAAUGGACUUCAUCUUGCCCCUGCGAAUUGCUCUGAUAUCUGCGCUAGUUUUGCAGACGCCGAUGAAAAUGGUCUUAUCCAUCUUAUGUUGUGCCGCAUAAUUAUGGGGAACGUGGAACUCAUUCAUCCUGGAUCUGAACAGUCUCUUUCCACUAAUGAUAAUUUUGAUACUGGCAUAGAUAAUCUUCACAAGCCAAAGCAUUAUAUCAUAUGGGAUACUAAUAUGAAUACCCAUAUCUAUGCAGAAUACAUAGUGACAUUUAAAAUGACCGACAAACUUAAAGCAUUUUUGAAUUGGAAAGAAAGUGAAUCUCAUGCUUUUGCCAUCCAGAAUUCUAGUUCAUCCGACUGCUUAUUACAGGACAAGGCUUUCCAAUCAGCUCCAGAUUUUGGAAAUCAAUCUCAGGUUCCAGUGGCGGGCAGAAUUCCAAAAGUUCCAACUUCUCCAUGGAUGCCCUUUUCAGUGUUGUUUGCAGCAAUCUCGACAAAAGUGCCUCCUGAAGACAUGGAUUUAGUUCACACACAUUAUGAUGAUUUUAAGAAGAGAAAUAUAAGCCGAAUUGACUUGGUUAAAAAGCUAAGGCAGAUAAUUGGAGACAAAUUAUUGGUUUCGACUAUUGUGAGACUGCAACACAAGCCACCACCUAUGGCUAAAGACAGAUCCUGGUCACGAAAGUUACAACCUCAGUCUCAAGAUGGAUCAUGAUGUGAUAAAAUUCCAGCCUUUUCUUUUCGCAAGCUAUCACAAACACUUGUUUGAACCAUGUAUCGGUAGUUCCUGUGCACCAUUACUGUAACAUGUUACCUUAAGGAAUUUUAUGUUGUGGUCUGCUAAGAACAAUGGCAACUUCCGCAUGAUUUCUGGUCUUCUCUCAAUUGUAUCCGUCUGUUUUCUUUCCAUCCACUUUACUGCCCUUGUCGUAGAGUGACAAUACUUUUUCGUGCUACAAUGAGCUUGUUCAAUA